GAAGAGAACAAAGAUCAGAAUUGAUUUGCGUUUAUCGUUUUAAUAAUUCUACAUUUGAUUUGAUGACCGAUACAGCAAACAAAAUGACCGAUAAAAAUACUAAGGGAAUAGAGCCAAUUGAUGAAGACAAUAAUCAAGGUGAACGAGCUGUCGUUGCUGCGAACGGUGAACAACAAUUGGCUGAUAUUUUCAAACUUAAGCUAUGUGGCAAACAGCUAUGGGGCAAACAUGUAAAAGAAUGCAACGAAUAGCGGGUCAUUGUUUUCAACUAAACUAUGGAGCCGCAAAAGCAGAAUUCUAUCCAUACCUACCGUCUUUUAUCCUUAACUUGGUCAAGAUAGAUUGUUUUAUCGAUUUCCUUCAAAACGUACGACUUUGGUUACUUGAUGAUGAAGAGGAUUAUAUGAUAAAGUUUGUAACUGCAUUGAAACAUUCAACAUCAAUUAAAAUAAUCAACAUUUUUGAUUAUUCUGGUCAUUUAACAAUGGCUGUGUCUACCGAAAUGAAAGGAAUUCUGUGUAAAGCAGAAAGUGUAACAAUAGAUUGUCAUUACGAUAUGAAAGAAAAUGUAUUGGGCGAAUUGAUUGCUGGUUGCUACUCAAAUGUUAAAUAUUUAUAUUUGAUCCGACAAUCAAACGAAGACCAAUGGACACAUAGAAUUUACCCAGCAUUGGAGCAUUUUGAAUUGAAAAGUUCUCGUUCGGACGAAAUACCAGGCCUAAAAACAUUUUUUGAGCUAAACACAACAAUUAAGAAGUUUUCUGUCGACAUGGAACUUUUCUGGUCAAAUAGAGAGUUGUUCAAAAAGUCAAACAUCAAAUUUGAUACAUUGUCGAUUGGUUUUGGAAAGGAGUGUGAUGAAUUUAACACUUAUGAAUUCAAAUUACUUUGCCGUUUGCUAAAUGAUCUCUACGCGUCUGGAUUUUAUAAGAAUCUACAUAUGCAUUUUCUUUAUCCCGGACUUCGGAUUCCUCAAGCAUUUAUCAAUCAAUUGGCUUCAGUAAAAGGUUUGGUGAAAUUUCAUUUCGAAUUGAAGACACAUUUACUUUUAGGUACUUUAAGAAACUUGGAAGAACUAGGCACUGCAACUAACUUUAUUUCUGAUCUGAAGUUAAUUCCACAUAUGCUUUCGAAACUGAAACGCCUUUAUUUCAUAAAAGCCAGUUCUGAUGAUAUUUUACCAUUUAUUUGCCAUGCAAAGAAAGUGAACAAAAUUAAAGUGGAAUGUUUAUUUGGAUUGAAUAAAAUUCUCGAUUUAUUGGCGUUAAAUAAAGAGCGUGAGAAAUUGGUUGGAGCACACAAAAUUACAAUUUACGUCGAGGAAGUAGUGUACUUUGCAACAAAAUGGGCAAUGAAACAGAAGGACUUCAAAUUGAUUGAAAUGAAACGAGACACAUCGUACAAUUGGACACUUUGGUGA